CAGGGACCAUAUUAGGGCUCUUGAAGUUGUCAUGUAAACAAAAUUAUAGUGAAGGAUUUGUUUUUAUUAGAUUGUUGUGGGAGGAUGAUAUAAGCGAAGUAGGCUCAACUCCAUAGGUGAGAAAGGCACUUUGUAAAUUGUCAAAUCGUGUGUUCCAGGAAUAUUUUUGGUACCAAGUAAACAUACUGACUUGUUUUACAUCAAGAACCAAAAAUGUGGCAUCAGGGUGACAAAAGGGACAGAGAUCAGGUGGUUUUUGAAUCUAGUCAGGGUGGUUUUACACAAGACCAGAUGGAAGAAAUCACACAGCAGUUGAUACAGACUCGUUCACAGCGUGUCCGAGCCUCUAUGUUUCCAGAGACAUUGGAAGAAGGCAUUGAAAUUCCAUCCACACAAUUUGAUCCAGAGGCACCAACUGCUGUUCAGAGAUUAGCUGAGCCUUCUCAAAUGUUGAAACAUGCCAUUGUAAACCUAAUAAACUAUCAGGAUGAUGCUGAUCUUGCCACCAGAGCAGUGCCUGAGCUGAUUAAGUUAUUGAAUGAUGAGGAUCAGGUAGUUGUUAGUCAGGCUGCAGUGAUGGUUCAUCAGUUAUCCAAGAAAGAAGCUUCUCGACAUGCUAUCAUGAAUUCUCCACAGAUUGUGGCUGCAUUAGUCAGAGCUAUGUCAUCUUCUAGUGAUGUUGAAACCACACGGUCAGCAGCAGCAGCCCUUCAUAACAUCUCAAACCAUCGUCAGGGUCUUUUGGCAAUUUUCAAAUCUGGUGGUAUUCCAACUCUAGUGAAACUGUUGAGUUCACCAGUGGAGGCUGUCCUAUUUUAUGCUGUUACAACUCUACACAAUUUACUUCUUCAUCAAGAAGGAUCCAAAAUGGCAGUUCGUUUAGCUGGAGGCCUCCAAAAGUUUGUAAUGCUGCUCCAACGUAACAAUGUCAAACUUCUUGCAUUAGUCACUGACUGUCUUCAGAUACUUGCAUAUGGAAAUCAAGAAAGCAAGUUAAUUAUUCUAGCUAGUGGUGGACCAGCAGAACUCCUGCGUAUUAUGAGGUCCUAUACAUAUGAGAAACUUCUGUGGACAACUUCUCGGAUAUUAAAAGUUCUCUCCGUGUGUUCCAGCACCAAACCAGCACUAGUGGAGGCAGGUGGUUUGCAUGCUUUAGCCAUACAUCUUGGACAUCAAAGCCAGCGUUUGGUUUUGAAUUGUUUGUGGACUCUCCGGAACUUGUCUGAUGCUGGAACAAAACAGGAAAAUGCAGACAGGCUUCUGCAGUCUUUAGUGCAACUGUUGGAGAGUAAUGAUGUAAAUGUAGUCACAUGUGCUGCUGGAAUCCUGUCCAACAUGACUUGUAACAACCAGCGGAAUAAAGUCGUAGUUUGUCAGAUUGGAGGUAUUGAAGCUUUAGUUCGUGUAAUUUUUCAUGCUGGAGAUAGAGAAGAGAUUACAGAACCUGUUGUUUGCACUCUUCGACACCUAACAAAUCGUCAUCCAGAAGCAGAGAUAGCACAGAAUACUGUAGGACAGAUUAAUGGAAUUCAAGUGAUUGUAAAACUGCUUCAUCCACCAAGUCGUUGGCCAUUAGUCAAGGCUGUUAUUGGGUUGAUACGUAACUUGGCUGUCUGCCCAGCCAAUCAGAUACCUCUUCGUGAGCAUGGGACAAUACCAACUUUGAUCCAGUUGUUAGUGAAGUCUUACAUGGUCACUCAGAAGGAACGAUCUAGCCCUGCAAGUGAGAGUGAUGUUAAUCCUGAUGGUGUUCAGAUGGAUGAGAUAGUAGAGAAUGCAGUAGGAGCUUUACACAUCCUUGCUCGAGACCCUCACAACAGAGCUCUUAUCACGGCUCAUCAGAUUAUUCCUAUAUUUGUUCAACUUUUAUACAGUGACAUUGAAAAUGUUCAACGUGUGGCUGCAGGUGUGCUUUGCGAAAUUUCUGCUGAUAAGGAAGGAGCAGAACAAGUUGAAGCAGAAGGUGCUACUGCUCCACUGAGUGACUUACUGUACUCCAGCAAUGAAGCUGUAGCUGUGUAUGCAGCUGCUGUGUUGUAUAGAAUGUCCCAAGGUAAGCCACCAGAGUAUCAGAAGAGACUUUCAGCUGAACUGACAAACUCUCUCUUUAGAGAAUCUGCCCCUUGGGGGCCAACAAAUCAUGGAAGAGAAGCAAAUCCUCGAAACCCAGAUGAAAUGUAUCGUAACAAAAUGUAUUUGGAAAACCAGGGAGAUAGGUAUGGUGAUGACAGGGCUGAUGGCAGUUAUCCUAAACAAAGGCCGAGACAUGAACGAGGACGUAAUGACUAUGGAGCAGUAGAUUCAACAGUGAUAUUAGAACUGACACCAAUGGUUUCAUCAGCACAUCCAGAUGAAAGUCCUGAUCAAGUGGCAGCUUGGUACGACACUGAUCUAUAAUUGACCAGGACUUUAGUCUUCCUUUUUAACCUUACCACAGUUACUAAGUUUUAUGAAUAAGCAUUAAGUAUUUUACUACCAUGAGCCCUUUUACUGAAAAAAAAAAAAUAAUAUAUAUAUAUAUAUAUGUACACACAAUGUCACUCUGAAAAUUAAGAUUACCUCUGGUCUUUUAAAGUAGAAUAGUAAAACAUUUUUAUGUUUAUGUUUUAAAAUGUGAAAGUAGACAUGAACUUGAGAGUUUCAUAAAGCCAAGGUCAAAAUUAGGUAGCAAUAUGCAUAUUUUCUUUAAGAGAUAUUAAAAAAAAUAUUAAAUUAAUGAUCUUUAAAAGUGUAACAAAUGAACAUGAUAAAGGAUGUUUUUUUUUAAAUGUGUUAGUAGCUAACAGGAAUAGGAGUGAAUUACAAAUCAAGACUUAGUAUAGCCUAACAAGUUUGAUUAAUAUCUAAGAAAAUCAGACUUUUGGGUUUAAUUAUCAGACAUGUCAAAUGUUGUUAAUGUUAGUUACAGUAUAUUAAUGAAAAUAAAAAUUGUUAUGUACUCUUAUAUUGAUUGUAACAGUCUUUUCAAACAAAGUAUGUGCUUUUUCAGGCAUUGUAGAAGUAGUGAAAAAUACAGAUUGUAGUUUACUUGUGUAUUUAUUACAACAGUGUUAAAACAUAAAAAAAUUUUAUUUUUGCAAUGUAUUGUGAACUGAAAGCAUCAUAAGUUCUAAACAUACUGCCAAUAUAACAGCUUUCUGAUGUACAAAAAUUGUUAAUCAAAGACAACUGUUAAAAGAUAAUAUUUUGACAUUCUUAAAUUUCUGGAGGCUAAGAAUCUAUUUUCAGUAAAAGGGCUACUGAUUUAGGAUAGAGAUUAUUAAAUGUUUAGAGAAGUGUAGUUGUGUUGAAAUCUACUAACCCUAUUGCUAAUUUGUUUAUGACAUAGUUAAACUGAUUCCUUUUCCUUGCUUAGAAACUCAAAAGAAGGCAUAAUGCCACCAGAUGAUAAACAUUUCCAAAGUACUUUUUGAUUGGAUGAGAAAUAAUGUAAAUUUUGACAUACCUGUUUAUGGUAGCUGCAUAUAAAAAUUAAUGAUAUCAGCCAUAAUGCUGAUAGUUUUUGCUGUAUUAUGUAGUAGACACUAGAAUUAUGAAAUCGUUUACUUCUUGUUGGUACUUGUUGUAUUGUUAGUUUUCACCAUUUUUAAGUCUGAACUAUUUGUAUCAUAAUGAAAACUAUGAAAGGCAUUGGUCAGUAUUUUAACCCUCAAGUUUUGUGUCUACUCUUUGAACUUGUAAUUUACAGCAUGAAUUUAAAGAAGUAUUUAUGAAUUUCCAUAUUGCUGUUAAGCUUUUAAAUAGACCAAAUUAAUGACCUGUAAUAUCUUGCUAAGUUUAUUGUAGAUGUUGUUAUGCAUGUUGUCUUGUAAAAUCAUAUAACGAUGUGUAACUGUAUAAUAUCAAUGGUAUGUUAUUGUGUAUAAUAUCAUUCUUACUAUACAUGUUUUAUGUAAAUUUGAUUGAAUCGUGGUGGUGCAGUAUUCUUCAGAUUACUUGUUGCUCAUCAGUAAUAAGUAUUUUUAAUGUGCUUUUUGAGUGUAGAAUACUUUAGAUUUCUUACUUAAGUAAAUAUACAAAAAUACUUUGAAUCAUCAAUUCAGCUUUAAAAAGUUAUUUUAUCCAAGUAUUGAUUCUGUAAAAGCUUCUUAUAUUGAACAUUUUAAAGAAAUUUGCCAUUUAUCAGUUUUCUCUACCAAAAAAAAAUAGUUCUUAUAAGCUUUUGUUAAUAUACUAUUAAAAGUAAAUAGCUUUUAUUCCAUUUCCGUACUUAUAUUUGUUUUAAAGGUGUAAAAUAUUCCAGUGUGUUUCUUCCCUUUUGGGACCAAGUAUGUUUAUUUUGAUAUUGUGGAUAUUGUGUUAAGUGAAUCUUUCAGGAGAACACUUAAUUAUAAAUCCUGAAAGUUGUAAGCUUAUUCAAGUUUAUUGUUUGUUAGGCAUUAGAAACUUGAUGUAAUAUUUGAUACUGCUGGAAGAUGUAUGAAGCCAGAUGCUUCACUAGUAAAACAAAAUGUAACAUUUUGGGACAAAAAGAAAAACAUAUUGUUAGCUUUAAUGUAUUCAGUUUACAGUUGAAUUCAAACAUUAUCUUGUAAAAAGUGCUACACAGUGAAACAGAAAAUGACAAAACAACUUUUGUAUUCAAGAUAGGACUUGGUAGAGUUGUAAAUCUGAUUCCAGUUUAAUCUCAGAAUUGGUAUCCAAUGCCUUGUCUGUAUAUAUGUUGUUGUUUUUUCCAGUAUGUUCAGGAACUGGGAAUACUUUUAAAUUUAUUUCGUUUCAAAAACCCUGUAAUAGAACCUGAGAGAUUAUCUUUGAAAGUGAAAACCUCUUAAGUUCUAGAUAGUUUACCUAAAAGCUUCUAUUCUUCUAAUAAACUGGUUCUUAAGAUCCAAGCUAACAUGCUUUUGGUUUCAGCUACUAUAGGUUACAUUAUGUAGGACUACAGAGAAAGAAAUGACAAAGGUAAUUAAUAUUUGACUUGGCUGGAGGAUGUUGGUUUGUGAACUGUAUGCUUAAGUUAACUUUGUAUGAGAAUGACAGUUUCUGAACUGUAUAUUUAAGUUGACUAGGCUUGAGAAUGAUAGUUUGUAAACUGUAUAUUUAAGUUAACUGGGCUUGAGAAUAUUUGUAAAACUUAUAAAAUCAGUUCGAUGUAAGAAUGUAUGUUUCUUUGUGUACCCUGGGACCAAACAAAUGUAAAUUGGCAAUUUGCUUUUUUUUUCCAAUAAUCACAAUGAGAACUAUUGACAAGGGGCUUUAUAAUCUCUUAAUCUAAUUAUUUUCUGUAUAACUACAAAGGGAAAAAAAGUUCAAACCUUAAAUUCAUUGGAUAUUUUUUUAGGUUAAUAGUAGAAGCACAACCUUAUCAUUAGUGCUGAAGAAUGUUGUAUAGCUCAAACAUAUGUUAGAUCAAAUGUUUGUGUACAGUAUUAAUUUUGAUAACAAAAAAUGUGAGCUUUAGUUUACAAUGUUUGUUAGUUUAAGUUUUUUUUGAAAUACAUUUUAUUUUCCUAAACUUUUCUUUGGGUUUUAGACAAUGAUUUGUAAUGUGAGUGUUUGUCUUGAACAUUUAACAACAAGCAAAAAAAUGGAUGAGUUGUUUUGGAAGAAUGAUUGUAAGUAUAUACAUUCCAAGGAAAUCUCCUGUACUUCAUGUUGUUUAAGGUUAUUCAGACAUUAGUUAAUUUCAUUAAAAUGCAAGUCAUUUGUCUUUCAGAUAAUCAGUUUUGUUUGUAAUGAAGUAAAAAUACAGCUUUAUAUAUUCAGGAGAUAGAGGUAAUUGUACUUCCCGAUACAAUCAUUAUUUUAGAGACUGAGCUGAGCAUGUCUUAGUGGCUAGCAUUCCGUAGUAUGGAUCUGAGGAUGCAUGGUUUGCCUUCUGUUACUGAAAAACCAUUCCUCUGCAUUUUGAGGCUGUAGGUGAGUUAUGAUAGUGAACAGUGCUGAUCAAAUCUUACAAUUCAAUUAAAUUAGCCCAAGAGUUAGCAGUGGAUGCUAUUGACUAGCUGCCUUCCUCUUGUCAAUUGGUUCAAGAUUACGAUGGCUAGUACAUAUAGCACUCAUGUACCUUUAUGUGAACAUCAAUCAACACUAUUUUACAGGUAGCUGAGUAUUUUUUUUGUUUAAUCAUCACUGAACAUAUAAAGCAGGACUUUUGAAACUUUUUUUUUUAGUUUUGUAUGUGGACAUAUUUCACAAGAGUAGCACCUCUGUAGCUGUGGAUAGUAUCAGAUGUGCUAUAAAUAUCACAGUAUAUUAAUUGGCAGUUUAUUUUAGUAACUUAAGUUAAUUUUCUAUUGUAGCAUUUAAAAAGUUGAAUCUGAAGGAAGCAGCAUCCAAGUAGGGUGUGUGAUGGGUUUUUCAUUCCACUGAAAAUACUUUUUUCAAUUGAUGUACUUUAGUUGCAGUGUCUCUGCACACCACUUUAACACCUUAUCUUCCAGUAAGUGCUUUAAGAUGUUAUAAUCCUGAUAACUUACAGCAGGUAAAACACUUGAGAACUUGUGGUCAGGCUACAUGUUCAGCCAGUGAUUUAACAAUAUAUUUUUAAAUUUAAAAAUAUAAUAAUCUAUAUAAAAUCCAUGUGACUUAAGUUUUCCUCUUCACAUAAUACAGUGUACUAACAGCACAAGUAGACUUUGUGUUGGCUAGCACUUUUGCAGGAUCUGAUGUAAUGUCAUUCACUAUUUUUAAUGCAGCAUGUUUAGAUUGUUAGAUCAUUUCUUUGAUGCCUUUUUGGUUUUAAAGUUACAGCUCUGAGAGCUUUAACUGUUUCUGCUCUGCAUUGUAUAUAAAGUGAAUUGUAUUAUUCCCUGUUGUUUAGUGUAGAAAGAGCAGUACCACGAUUGUUUUGUAAGUUGUUAGCUACAGGACUUUCUACUGUUUAUUGAAGUUAUAGCUGUGUAAUGUUCAUGUAGUAGCUUUAUAAAAGAAAGUUAGCUUGGCAGGGUCUGACAGCACUUGUAUGUUACUGCUUUAAGAACUUGUGGUGAUGUAACACUAAGAAACUUUUGAUUGUUAGAGUAUAAAAUCAAUCUGUAACAUCAUAACUUAUUAUUAGAACAUUUGUUGAGGCUGGAAUACUAACUUUGUGGCUUUGAGCUUGCAUUGUGUGAGUCUAAAGCAAGCUAUAUGCACCAGUUAGUGAACUUCUAACUUUUGAGUUUAAACAAGUUUCACAUUGCUGAGUUUGUGGUGAUCUUGGAAUACUAACUUUUGGUGAGCUUUUAACACUGCAAAGUUAUGUGUGGAAGAGCAUGUGUCUAACUCUGAGUGUAAGAUACAAUUGAAUGGUUUAAUGUGUUAUCCUAGCCUAAAGUUGUCGUUGUACUGCAUAGUAAAUUGUAAUAUCUUCUUGAGUGGUAGUGUGAACCUGUAACACAUGAUAAGUUAUGUGUGGUGGAGUGUAUCUGGUUGUGAACAUAGCAAUUUUAUAACAUAACUUUGUUAACACAAUAUUGGAUAACUAAAUUCCGUGAUGAUCCAGUAGAAUAGAGUUAGGUUAAGUUUUAAGUUGUUUCUGAAAAAAGAUAACGAAUGAUUAAAUGAGUAGUUGACCAUUUUCAUAUAUCACUGAGGCUGUGGCAUAUACUUCCAUAAACCACAAUCAAAGUUAAACCAAAGACAACCAGACUGUACAAAGUAACUAACUAGAUCUGGUACGAACUGGUAAGUAUAAUGCUGUUGUCACGAUUGUAUUUUAUGGAUUUGUUAGAAAUGUGUUAAGACUUUAGAACUUAUGGUAUAUAGUGGUGUUUUAAAUAUUGGAGUUAAACUGGUGUUAUAAUUUAAAACUUAUUGAUCUCAAAUUAUUUAUUGUUAAUGUGUGUGUAUUUUUGUACAGCUUUAGACGUGUUGAAAGGAUUAAUAAAGUUCAUUCAUUGA